AUGACCCACAGUCAUAUCGGAGGUGGGGACCUCCCGCGGUCACUGCCCCAUUGGGAGAAUGUAUCAAGCCAGCCCUCCCCUGCUGUGCACACUUUGUUGAUUGACAAUCACGAUUCCUACACAUUUAACGUGUUUCAGUACCUUGCAACCAUCAACGGUGUGGCUCCAACUGUCAUCCGAAAUGAUGAAUUCACUAGCUGGCGCGAGGCCAAGGCAAGCGUCGGGCCUGUACACAACAUUGUCAUCUCUCCAGGCCCCGGAACUGCUGAGAACGAACAUGAUUUCGGGGUGUGCAGUGAAGCGCUUAGAGAAGCCGCCGUCCCAAUCCUCGGGAUAUGUCUCGGUCACCAAGGUCUUGGACAUGUUUACGGUGGAAAGAUUCAACGGACACCACGAGCGGUGCACGGUAGGAGAAGCGCUAUUGAUUUCAUCGAGGGAUACAAGCUGUUCGAGGGCGUCAAGAGGGGAACGCUGGUUGUCCGAUACCAUUCUCUUCAGGUGGACAAAGACAACCUCCCAAAAUGCCUCGAACCAACAUGCUGGACGACGGACGAGGAUAACGUGCUGAUGGGAAUCCGGCAUCGAGACCUGCCAUUGCAUGGCGUUCAAUUUCACCCCGAAUCAAUAGGGACAACCGCUGGCUAUAAGAUUCUUGAGAAUUUCAGAGACAUGACCCUUGCCUGGUGGGCCGACCGCGGUUCAGAGUGGCCGUAUAUAGCGCCCAAGAACACUGGCAAGCACCAGGUAGCCGCCUUCGCGAAGACAUGCGUCACCUACGGGGUCGACGGCGACAGAACGGAGCUGUCCAACGAUGUGCCGGCACCUAGGCUGGAGCUGUCGGAUGAUGGCAAGGCCCCAGAGCCCUGGGAGGCCACCGCGGUUCCCUUCGCUUUCCCAUGCGGCUACGCCGGUUUUUUUGGUUAUGAGCUUCGCCAUGUCACCGAACGAUACGUCGGACCGGAUAUGCAACAGUGCUCUCUGCAGAAAGACAUUGGCAACCAUAGCACGAACGUUCCCGACGCGGCGUGGAUUUUCUCGGAUCGUAUGAUUGUUCUGAACCACGAGAGUAAUGAACUGUUUCUUUCCUGGCUCACCCCGUCGCUCGGGCAGGAUAGGCAGUCUCGAAAGUCAGGGGAAACUGCUUUCAGUGGACUGUGCCCCUGUGACCCAUGGGCCUUCAGUUGUGAUACGGACAAGGUCGCUGCGAUAUGCCAAUCCCAGCAGCAGUGGGCAGAAAUGACACUGCGGGCGAUAGCACUGGCGUCCAGUCCCGUGAGCGCUGAACCUCCUUUGGUGAUGCGAGCUAGCGAGAAGGCACAGCUCUCUCGUGGUAGGACGCCCGACCUCGAAUCCCCAGCUCAGCGGCAGGCAGCUGAUCUCUCUAUGCGCCCAACAGCCGUAGGCGAGGAAAGAAACUUGCCUCCAGCUAAAGGGUCUCCUGUCGAUGACACUUUGUGUGCUCUCGGGUCGGAUUCAAGAGCCGUUGACGCGUCCCUCAACGGCGCCGCCUCGGGAGAGAGCAGCGAGAAGCAUUCGAUGGCUCUCUCGUUCCAUGAUGACGUGCAAACCUACAAGGCGAACAUUAGGACGAUUCUUGACUAUAUAGCCGCAGGAGAGGUGUACGAGGUCUGUCUCACUACGGAACUAGCGGGAGCUCUGAACCCCUCUGUGGUGUCGCCGCUUCAGUUUUAUGGCCAGUUGCGCUGUAGGAAUCCCUCGCCAUUCGCUGCUUUUCUACGUCCGGAACGCUUUCUAAUGAAGGAUGUGGACGGUUGGCUGGAGUCGAAACCCAUCAAGGGUACGAGGCCCCGCGGCAAGACGCCGGAAGAGGAUCGCGACCUGGUGAACGAUUUGGCAACGAACGAAAAAGAUAUGGUCGAGAAUCUAAUGAUAGUUGAUCUCGUCCGGAACGAUUUAGGAGGCUCGAUGACAGGCGCUCCGAAGGAGCGGGCAAUGGAAAUCAUCGAAAGGCUGGAAGAACGACCACGGGGAAUCUAUAGCGGGGCGACUGGCUUCCUGUCGGUCACAGGUGAAGCCAGUUUAAACAUCGUCAUUCGAACAGUCGUCUUUACCACUCCUAACCUGGCCGUCGUGUUCCCCGCGCCACGCUUGGAGAGUGCGUCCGUCUCGUAUUACGGCUUCAGAACUUGA